CCGGGAAAGAGGAGCCGCUGGACAAACAUGUAACGGUGUCAGGUACGCCGCACCUACGCACGGCAUCCCUAACUGAGACCCAGUUCACCAAAAGAGACCAACUCUCCUCCAUCUCACUGGGACUUUGAGGGGUGGUGGGGAAGGCCUCGUCCCCCACCUCGAUCAGGCCAGGUCCCACCUACCCAUGGACAAACAAGGAGCCAUGAGUACACCAGGCAAGGUCAGCGGGCUCAAACCCCCCAGUAAAAUAGUCCGUCCAGCUGGGGCGCCAUCAAAGACAUCUCCAUCCUCUGGUGCUCCAAAGCCAGUUCCUCCUGAGAAGUCCCCUGGCACUGUGACCUCCCCAACCCAGGAGGGAAGUCCAGACUUUCAGAUCGGAGACAGGGUCUGGGUCAAUGGUAACAAGCCCGGCUACGUGCAGUUCAUUGGGGGCACGCAGUUCGCUCCGGGGCAGUGGGCAGGCAUUGUGCUGGAUGAGCCUAUCGGGAAGAACGACGGGUCUGUGGCAGGGGUCCGGUACUUCCAGUGUGAGGAUGGGAAGGGGAUAUUCACGCGGCCUUCAAAGCUUUCCAAGACUGCGCUGCCAGAGAAGGAGGCAAACGGGAGGCAGGGCAGUCCAGCACCUGGAGCCUCAGCAACAAGCGAGUCUGCGCCUGCUGGCACUACCUCAACGGCUCAGGGCAUCGGCAUAAAGACGAGUGCUGCACUCAACCGAAAGCUCACGUCCAGCGAGUCGGUGUCCAACCUGUCAGACACAGAAUCCAUGAAGAAGAGCAAGAGGGAGCUGAGGCUGGGAGACCGCGUGCUGGUUGGUGGUACGAAGGCAGGAGUGGUGCGGUUUCUGGGAGAAACUGACUUUGCCAAGGGAGACUGGUGUGGAGUGGAACUAGAUGAACCACUUGGCAAGAAUGAUGGUGCUGUAGCAGGGACCAGAUACUUUCAGUGCAUGCCCAGGUAUGGUCUGUUUGCUCCGGUCCACAAGGUGACACGCAUUGGCUUCCCCUGCACCACACCUACCAAGGCCAAGAGCUCACGGAGGAAGUCUGGCCUGAAGAGGAGCCCGAGUGCUUCCUCCAUCAGCUCCCUCAGCUCCGCCACCUCCUCGAUCAGUGGCAAACCCAGCCGAGCAGGACUGCUGACGGAGACAUCUGCUCGGUACGCUCGUAAGAUUUCCGGCACCACAGCGCUGCAGGAGGCUCUGAAGGAGAAGCAGCAGCACAUCGAGCAGCUGCUGGCAGAGCGAGACCUGGAGAGAUGUGAGGUGGCAAAGGCGACCAGCCAUGCCGGGGAGGUGCAGCAGGAGCUGACUCUGCUGAGGAAAGGACGGGAUCAGUAUGCAGUGGAGAUGGAAGCGAAGUUGGAUCAGCUGCGUUCGCUGGUGGAGGCAGCAGAUCGAGACAAGGUGGAGCUGCUCAACCAGCUGGAGGAGGAGAAGAGAAAAGUGGAGGAUCUGCAGUUUCGCGUGGAAGAAGCCUGCAUCACCAAAGGAGACCUGGAGACGCAGACCAGACUGGAGCAUGCCCACAUAAAGGAGCUUGAGCAGAGCCUGCUCUUUGAAAAGACCAAAGCUGAAAAACUCCAGAGGGAUUUAGAGGACACUAGGGUGGCCACGGUGUCUGAGCGCUCCAGGAUCAUGGAGCUGGAGAGGGAGGUGGCAGACCUCCAGCUCAGGCUCCGGGCGUCGCAGCAGAAGGAGGAUGCCGUGUCUCUGUCCCAGCAGCAGAUCAGCAGCCUGAAGGCCCAGGCACAGUCUCAGGAGAAAAAGAUCAGUGAGCUGAGCGUCGACGUGGAGAGCAAACAGAAAGAGCUUCAGUCUGUACAGCAGGAUAAGAGCUCUCUGGAACAGCAGCUAGGCAGCCUGAGACAGCAGCUCGAGAUAGGGGAGGAGGAGAGAAGGAAGACAGCAAAGACCAUGCAAGGAUUGGAGCACAGUGUGGAGCAGUCAAAGAAAGACUACCAGACGCUGAAGGAGGAGAGUCAGUGCAGAGAGAAGGAGCUGACACAGGCUACUGAAAAGGCAGAGAGUUCGGCGCAGUUGCUGGAGCAGCUGACCAAUGAGAAGAAGACGCUGGAGACUCAGCUCGAGGCUUUGAAACAGCAGAACUCCAAAUACCAGGAAGAACUCAGUCUGUCGAAGGAGCGAAGCAGCUCAGAAAACCAGCGAAUCGGCGUCCUCUGCAAGGAAAUCGAGGAGCUGAAGCUGGCCACCCAGAAGUCUCAGCAUCUCGAGGAGCUCAAUGAGGACCGUAACACUCAGCAGCCAGACAUGAAGACCAGAGAGACCAUCUCGAAUCAGCAAACGGAGGGAGACACAAACUUCCAGAAAUCCACUGGAGCCUUAAUCUCCGACAAAGACCGGGAACUGGAAACUCUAAGGAACGAGAUUGCGGUGCUUCGAGGAGAAAACGCCGUGGCCAAGACCCUGCAGGCGGCCGUGGAGACAUUGGAGCGAGACAAAGCUCAGCUGCAGAGCCGUGUCCACAGUCUGGAGCAAAGGCUCAUGGGAACGCAGGUCGCAGGGGGAGAAGACGUCGAAGCUCCACCCUCAGGCGAUGCAGCUCUGGAGCAGCUGAGGGAGGAGAAGGAGUUCGCUGAGGGACAAAUCAACUUCCUGAACAGCGUGAUUGUGGACCUGCAGCGGAAGAACGAGGAGCUGAAGGUCAAACUGAAGAAGCUCGCUCUGGCUGAGUUCAACGGCAAUGACGGGACUGACGGCUUCGUUGAAGGUGUGUCAAAGCAGGAAAAGAAGGCGACGCCACGUCUGUUCUGCGACAUCUGCGACUGCUUCGACCUCCACGACACAGAGGACUGUCCCACUCAGGCCCAAAGCCCCGACUCUGUACCUCACACCACGUAUCACGGCAACCCGGCCGACGAGAGGCCCUACUGCGACAUCUGCGAGGCCUUCGGACACGCCACGGAGUCCUGCAACGAUGAUCAGACCUUCUAGAGGCUCCAAAAACCCGCAUUUAAUGUCCUCCCUUUCCUCCGUCCCUUAAACACAACUCACCUUUUACCCUCCCACUACAUUUCCCACAAUCCAACAUGCCUGACUACAGAUUUUUCCAUAUUGUAUUUUUAUACUGUAUUUAUGCAUAUCACUGGUAGCCACCGUCCUGAUCUGAAUCCUUUCCUCUGAAGAUAAACCGUUCUGACGGUAGCGCAGAAUGCUCGUCCAAAUAUGCUGCUUUGGUGCAAUAUUGAUGUUUAGAACAAAAGGAUCUUCUGCACUUGUUGCUUUUAACGUGUUGUUUUGCAUUUUAAGUUUCUUUCUGAGCAUUAGUGAUGUUUCACAUUGUUUUUGGGGCUUUAUUAUUAUUAUUCUUAUAUAAAAAAAUGAUGCAACAAAACAAAGCACAGAUGGAACUGAAGGGAAGAUGAAGCGCCUGUAAGACUCCACGCUCCUGUUCACGUUCCUCAGGCUGCACAGCUACGAACCAAUCAGAGAGCGAUACUGUCACUCGUUUUUAAUGUUGAACAGUAAUUUACCAAGUCCUUUUCCCAGCCUGCCACUGUCAGGAAAAACAAGACGUAGAGAAGAAGGCCAGAUUAAUAUUUGAGGAAAGAAGUCAGAAUAUUUCCAAUAAUCCAAAAACAGUCUAAAAUCCUCAGACCUUCAUGAUCUGCGACAAAAUUCAUAAAUCACUAACGAAAACAUUUACUGUAGAAAUCAAAGUAAAUAUUAGUUAAAUACUCAUUCGUACCUUCUUUUCCUUGUUUACUAUGAUGGAGUAGUAAAAUCUCGUAAUAUAACGACUUAAGUUUCAAAAUAUCACAACUUUAUUCUAGAAAUACGACUUUAUUCUCAAAAUAUUAUGACGUAACUGUUUACACCGUUUUUUUUCUCAAAUUUCCGACUUUAUUCUUGAAAUAUUACAACUGUAUUAUUGUUUAAAUGUCAUGACUCUCCUUCACUUGUCAUUAUGACAUUUCUCUCAUAACAUUCUGACUUAAUUUCCAAAUAUUCCACCUUUUUCCUCAAAUGUCGCCAGUUUUUUGUGGAAAUAUUCAGAUUUUUUUAUUCAUCUGAUUCAUUGUUAUGUAUUAUUUUUCUGUGGCGUUGAUGCUUCGUUGUAAUCGACCUAAAUGUUAACAUGUGGUAAUUCUUUGUAACAUGACUGAAGGUUACUGUCUUUAUCCAGAGCUUUCGACUGCUUGUGGCUUUCCUCCUCAGUGGAUGGAGUUUAUUCCUGAGUUAACUGAUUUUACUCCGUCUGCUGAUGAAACACAUGAAGUUCAGUUUACUUGUUUACUUUUUUUACUGUUAUGAACAUCAUUUUUUUUUUGUCAUAGUCUCACUGAAAGGUUUAAACUGAAGAGCUGUUCUGGAGCUUUCAUCUCGGUCGCAGCGUCUUCAUCAGCACAUCGUUUGCCAGCCGUGGUAUUUUAAGUUUUGAAGUUUCUUCUUUUCUUUUUCUUUUUCGAGCACUUUAAAAAUUUUCCCGUCUUUUGGCUUAAAAUUUGAGAUUCAAAGUUCAUCUACAGUGGAAUGACAAUGUGGAGACUCGAUCAAAAGCUCCAGAACAGCUACUAAAUGGACCUUGUGAUGAGAUGUUUUCAAUGAAAAACACUUCUGUGUAAUUAUUUCUCCAUAGAUCAGGUUGACGUCCCGACUCGCUGCCGCUGAGUUACUGAGGAUUUGUUGUGGUUACUGAAGAAAUUGUUGCAUUUUGUUAUUUAUUGUCUGAUCGUUAGCUAACCAGUGACGUUCCUACAGGGAAAUAAGCUAGCACUGAUUAAAGGUGUGUAGUCUGUACUAGGACUGCUGUAGUGUCGGUGGGCUUUUGGAUGCCUCUGCCUCGUCUUACAGGAACUAACCCAGAUGAAACUGACUUUGUUUGCACUGUCCACUUUACAGAUUCAGCAGAAACAUAGAGCGCUUUAACGCCCUGAUUCGAAACAAACGUGAUGAUUUCGUCUUAAAAGGUCGGCGCAGAUGAUUGUGUGUGCUGCACCUUCUCACGCCGCCCUCUCUCAAAGUAAAUGUUUGACAUUUUGGGAGAUUCACCUGUUUGCUUUCUUUCGGAGUGCUAGAUGAAACGACCGACACCACUUUCAUGUCUGUAUGCUAAAUACAAAGCUACAGCUGGUUAGCUUAGCUUAUCUUAGCACAAAGUCUGUAAUUGGGGGAACAGCUAGCUUGUGAAUUUUUGAUUUUACACUUUGGUUUUUGUUUUAGUUAAACAAACCAAAAUACUAAUAAUUGUUUGAUUUAAAGGUGCUGAUAGGUGAAUUUUCUUACUUCUGAACAGCUGUUUCCCUUCCGUUUCCUGUCUAAGCUAAGCUAACCAGCUGCUUGCCAAGGGAGACUGCUGAUUAUACAUACCAGCCUGUUUGCAGGUCUUGAGAAAUCAGUUGUAUAGAGCCUUUGUGGCUCUGUAGGGAGCUGCUUUAAAUCUAACAUAUUGCCUCAAGUGACAUCACUUGAGGCAAUAUGCGCCCUUUGAGUCUGAAGGCUACAAGUUUGAAAAUGGAAUAAAUCUGCAGCUGCUCCUCGGCUCUGCUUGACGCUAGCAGCUCAAAGCCACAUAGCAAAACAUGCCCGAAUCGCCAGCCAAACUGUCGGUGGUUGGGUUGCAUUGUGGGUAAUGUAGGCACCAGGUUUUGACAAGGAAAGGGAAUGCGUGGAAUAAAAAAGACGAUUUUUAACUUUUUUUGUCCAGCGUGACUCUUCGAACAGAUGUGAGAGUGGAAUCGAGUUUCUCGUCUUCUCAGGAAAUGAACGAGUGAAUUUCCCAAAUGUGGAACCGUUCCUUUAAAUUAAGCCUGUAGCGCCACCUGUGUUUGAAUUAUCUCGUUCUGAAGCACAAUUUUGGAUCAUAUUGAAUCUUCCAGUGUAACAGUGUAUGAUAGCACAUGAUGUGAGUAACCAUCGACACUAGUCUUUGUAAAUACUAAUCAGAGGCCUCCUUCUGGUAAAAGUGUACACAGUGCCAUGAACAAAAGAAAGCUUUUAUGUGUACUACAUUUUAUUUUUCUGCCCUGUUGAUAAGAUUGACAUUGUAUACGGAGGUUUCCACUCCAGGGGGAAAAGCCCAUUUGUAUAGACUUUCAAACAUUGUGUACUUUAUAAGUGAUGCAUCUAAUUAUUAGUGUAAUGUUUUAUAUGUAACAGUUUCAGGCACCAUCUAGAAAUGGUUUGGAAACCGUUUAACAGAUGUUGACGUGGUGUAAAAUGUCACUGUUUUCUAUGUACUGUAGACCCCCGAGCAGU